UACCAUUUGAUCAACAUGAAAUCAUCUCUGACUCUGCUGUGUCAGGUGGUAUGGGUGAAUGUGGAUGCUUCAUCAGCUCAGACUGGUUUUUCCUCUGCUCCUCUGUCAGUGUGCACGGGACCUCUUCCGAAUGUGCCCAAUGCCGGGGUCACUGAGGAAAGCAUCAAAGAAGAGUACAAAGAGGGGGCCAUCCUCCUCUUUUCCUGCAACGUUGGCUUUGUACCAGCAGGCAGAACAAGUUAUUUGUGUGAGAAGCAGAAGUGGGUGGUGUUACGUCAGGGGAAAUGCAAGCCUAAACCAUGUGAGCUCCCUGAGGAAACUGCCAAUGGCCACUACACCAUCCACCUCGGGGAUGACUUUGUCUUUGGGGCCGUUCUCAAAUACACUUGCAAUGAUGGUUAUCAGAUGGUGAGCAAAAUGGACAGCAGGACCUGUAUGGUAGCAGGAUGGAGCAACCACAUGCCCAUAUGUGAAGUGGUGAGUUGUGUCCCCGAGGCUACAGAUGGACGGGUGGUUGUGAGCGGUCUGCCAGAUGAUGGUGGUCUUAUACAGUACGGUCAUGAGCUCAGGUUCAGCUGCCCCAACCCAGAACACCAACUGGAGGGAAACCCACAGGUUGUGUGCGCCGCGGGGGGGAGGUGGAACAGCCGUUUCCCCACCUGUGAAGACGUGACUUGUGAAGCUGUGGAGAGGAUUAAUCAUGUGAAUGUGAUAGGAGUUCCCCAAAACAACAGCACCAUGAAGUAUGGGCACAGGUUACAGUUUGAGUGCAGCAACCCUAGCCACGUUCUGAAGGGGGAAUCAGAAGUCGUCUGCUCAACCAAUGGACAGUGGAGUCACUCCUUUCCAAUAUGUGAUGAGCCCAAGAAAUUCUGUGGACCACCUCCACAUCUCAUUAACGGAGAUACAGUGAACCGUGCCAGAGAACGUUACAGAAACGGAGAAUCAGUUCAUUAUGUCUGCCAGAAAUACUACAUCCUUGAUUCCCCUUCAUCCUACAAGACGUGUAGUGACGGGAUCUGGAUAGGACCGAUGACCUGCCUGAAACCCUGCACUGUGGAUGAAGAGCUCAUGAAUGCACAGAACAUCCAAUUUAAACAUCCUCCAGAUACAAAUAAACUCUAUGCCACACAUGGGGACCAUAUCACUUUUAAGUGUUCUGGUAAUAGCAGACUUAGCCCAGGUAGUGUUGAUUUGCGUCAGCAGUGUAUAAAUGGGGUCAUGAACUUGCCUCAUUGCCAAUAGUGGAUUCAGCUUACGAGAAGAGAUGGCUACUGGCUUGUUGGACAAACAUGCCAAUGGAUAACCUGUCAAUAGUUUGCUCAAAUUAUUUGUUCUGGGGCUUUGUGUAAACUAAGCAACAUAGAUUUCACAGGAGUUGUUUUUCAUGUCUGUCCGAACUUCAAUAAAGUACCUCUGGUUUUGAAUGAUCA